CAGGGCAGAUUACACCUGAAUGUGUGGAGCAUUCACACCUUGCCUGACAGUUGCGGGAACACCAAUUCUGUCUCUGCCCCGUUCCUGCUGACAACCGCACAUUAGAACCACAGGUGUGUUUUUUGGGGAGCAUGGCUGUAAGGUGUCAGAGGCAAUGCAGGUCAUUGGGCAGAAGGUUACUUCUGGGAGUCCUGCUGACCAGCCUAUCAGUGCUGCUGUACAGCCUUUCUGCACUAACUCACCAGCGCCACCCACAGGAGAUGGUGCCCCCCUCCUGUGCACAACACCCACCACCUGAACAAGAACCGCCCCUCUCCAACACCUCCCUGGGGCCGGCAAGAGCCUGCAGGCCGAAGGUGGACAUCAUGUUCUUGAAGACUCACAAGACAGCCAGCAGCACGCUGCUCAACAUCCUGUUCCGCUUCGGAGAGAAGCACGGCCUCAGGUUCGCGCUGCCGCACGGCCGCAAUGACUUCUUCUACCCCCAGCCGUUUGUGCGCUGGCGGGUGGAGGGCUACCAGCAGGGGCUCUGCUUCAACAUCGUCUGCAACCACAUGCGCUUCGACGCUGCCGAGGUCGGGCGCCUGCUGCCCCCUCACGCCGCCUACAUCACCAUCCUGCGCGACCCCGCCCACGUCUUCGAAUCCUCCUUCCACUAUUACGGCCGGCUGGUGCCCCUCACCUGGACCAUCCCGGGCCGGGACAAGAUGGCCGAAUUCUUGCGGCAGCCCCGCCGUUACUACCGUCCUGCUGGUUACAACGCCUUCUACCUGCGCAACCUGCUUCUCUUCGACCUGGGCUACGACCACACCCUGGGGCCGGAGGACUCCCGGCUGGGGCCGGCCAUCCGCCACAUCGAGCAGCGCUUCCAGCUGGUGCUGCUGGCCGAGCACUUUGAGGAGUCGCUGGUGCUGCUCAGACACGCCCUCUGCUGGGAGGUGGAGGACCUGCAGUUCUUCAGGCUGAACGCGCGGCGGCCGGCCGCCGUGUCGCGGCUGAGCGCGGAGCAGAGGGAGCGUGCCCGGCGCUGGAACGGCGCCGACUGGCGGCUCUACCGCCACUUCAACGCCAGCUUCUGGGCGCGGGUGGAGGCGUUCGGGCCGGCCCGCAUGGAGCGGGAGGUGCAGGAGCUGCAGGAGAGGAACCGGCGCAUGGCGGACGCCUGCAUCGAGGGCGGCGUCGCCGUGGGGCGUGGCAGUAUCCGCGACGCGUACAUGCAGCCCUGGCAGCCGGUCGGGGAGAGCUCCAUCCUGGGGUACAACCUCCGUCGGGAUGUGGACGAGGCGCAGCGACUGCUUUGCCUCCGCAUGCUCACCCCGGAGAUACAGUACCUCUCCCUGCUGGGCGGGGACCUCUGGAUCACCCAUCUCUGGGCUCACAUCCGCCAGCUCAUCAACUGGUAACAGCACCAGCCCCCCCUCCCAGGGAAAAACCCGCCAAACAACAGAGAUUCAUUCCAGCCGAGAUUCAUUCCAGCCGCCUCACCCCAGGAGCAUGGCUGUGUACAGCAGGGAGAUCGACCGUGAUCUCGUGGAUGUUCCUGGGUGAUUGUGUUAGCUCGCACUUCUUCCAGAUGGCAGCCCGCCAUGUUUAUUCCUCACCUGAAUGGUUGAACAUAAAGACUACACAUAGAGACUGAGUUCCAGAUUUAAAGACUUUCUGUUUUAUUCAUCCUCAAGCAGACUCUUUUGUGUUUUGGGUUCAGAUUUCUACUGCAGAUAUCUGGGCUGGGCUCAGUUCCAGUUAAAUUCAGUUCAUUAAGGAGACAAACUUGGCAGCAUGGAUGGUGCAGUGGGUAGCACCGCCUCACAGCAAGGAGGUCCUAGGUUUGAAUCCCCGUCGGCCGGGGCCUCUCUGUGCGGAGUUUACAUGUUCUCCCCGUGUCUGCGUGGGUUUCCUCCGGGUACUCCGGUUUCCUUCCACAGUCCAAAGACAUGCAGGUUAGGCUGAUUGGAGAGUCUAAAUUGCCCGUAGGUAUGAGUGUGGGAGUGAAUUGUGUGCGUGCCCUGCGAUGGACUGGCAACCUGUCCAGGGUGUAUUCCUGCCUUUCGCCCAAUGUAUGCUGGGAUAGGCUCCAGCCCCCCUGCGACCCUGUUCAGGAUAAGCAGGUUCAGAUAAUGGAUGGAAGGAGAUGAACUGGAUUCAUGCUUUGGCACUGAAAAAUUCCCAUAAUGAUCAUUUCAUGAACUAACUUAAUUGAAAGGGGAUUGAGCCCUUCUAUUUGGGAGAGAUCACACUUCAUUCUUAGACAGUUUUCUGAUUAUCAGAUCAGACAGUACAGAAUAACCAUUGUCAAUAACAAUGGUAGUGUCAAGUCACAGCCAAAAAUUAAAUAUGAAUCAUCAACAAUAAAUGUUUUGUUUGCUAUAUUAAUGAAUAGCAAAAAAAGAACAAAGUACUAAUUUGAAGGGACAGAACAAUGCACAGGGAUAUUGAUGCUACCUUUGUAUGUGGUGAAUAAUCAUUGUUAAAUAUAGCAGAGUAGAUAUUUUAAAGGUUUGUGAUUUAGGGGAUAAAAACAGUUCAACAAAUAGAAAUGUAUCAUUUUGAUAAUGUUUGAUAUCAAAAACUGCAUUCUGAAAACUCAUAGUCUGCUCUGAUUCUUAAUUCUUAAUUGUGAUGCAUUCAUUUUUGUAAACUUUCAUUAUCCUAAGGACCCAUUUGAUUCCUCCUUUGGAACCAAUGUUACUUUUUUUGUCAUAUUUGUUUUUGGAUGUUGUAUUUUAAAAUGCAAGUACUAUGCAUUGUA